GUCACUGCUUGCAGAGUGGAUAUCUCCACUUGCUGGUAAUCUGUGACAAAACUUUAGGCUUCGCUUCCCAGACCUUUAUUCUUCUAAACAAAGUCCAUCCCUCUGCCUGUUAUACUCUGUUAAACACAGAAGCCCAAAGGUCUACGAUUAACCUGAGCCUGCCAGUCCUUCGCUCACACAGUCCCUGUCACCUCUAAGAAGCCGACACUGGUGUGGGGAGCCAUGGAACAUGGCAGCAGCCGCCUGGAGGACUUCCCUCUCAAUGUGUUCUCGGUCACUCCCUACACACCCAGUACUGCUGACAUCCAGGUGUCCGAUGACGACAAGGCAGGGGCCACCUUGCUCUUCUCAGGCAUCUUUCUGGGACUGGUAGGAAUCACCUUCACCGUCAUGGGCUGGAUCAAGUAUCAAGGUAUAACCCACUUUGAAUGGACCCAGCUUCUCGGGCCCAUCCUGCUCUCGGUUGGGGUGACAUUCAUCCUGAUUGCCGUGUGCAAGUUCAAAAUGCUCUCCUGCCAGUUGUGCAAAGAAAGUGAGGACAGGGUUCUGGACUCGGAGCAAGCCUCAGGAGGACAAUCGUUCGUGUUCACUGGCAUCAAUCAGCCCAUCACCUUCCACGGGGCCACUGUGGUACAGUACAUCCCUCCUCCUUAUGGUUCUCAAGAGCCGAUGGGGGUGAGCACGACCUACCUGCAGCCCAUGGUGAACCCCUGUGGUCUCCUAGCCCCUGGCGGGGCUGCAGCCACCACGCCAAGCCCCCCUCAGUACUAUACCAUCUACCCUCAAGAUAACACUGUGUUUGUGCAGGACGAGGAUUGCCCUCCUUUUACAGAAGGUGAAGAUGACAGACCCAGGCCAGGAGCUGAUCGGCUGGAAGAGGCCCAGCUUCAAGAGGAGGACCGUGCCCGCUUCUCUCCUCCCCCCUAUGAGGAAAUAUACGCUCUCCCUCGCUAGACACUGAUGCUAAGGGAUUGCGUGUUUGAGUCAUUGGGACCUGUUGCCUGGAGUGUGCUCUCUGUUGUGACCUUUGGCAGUUAGACAGAAGAACAGCCCAGACAGCUCAGCAGAUGUCACUGAAAGUGGGAGAGAGAGAAAGGAAGAUGAGGACAGAAUGUGUCAGACUGGUAAAGAUCAUGCUGGCCUGUGAAAAAUUCUCCUUUAGGACUUUAGUACUGUUUCAAAUUCUCUCAUGUAAGAAACCUUCUGCUUCUGAUCCAAGAGCAGGGAUUUCACCUGCUUCCAUCCACCCUACCACCUAUUCUUUCCUCCAAAGGAAGGCCUUCAUUUCAACAGGCAGAGGAAACCAUCUAAGGAGCAUCCUGAGUGGUGUGAGUAGGGUGGGAAGGAGGCCAGGAAGAGAAAAUAAGUUCAAUGAGAGAUUUCCCAGCACCAGUGCUGGGUUCCAAAAUGGACUUGCAAAUCCCAAACAACUUGGCCGCCAUCUAGUCUCCCUGGAGGGCUCUCAACACCUUAAUGGCUGCAAAAUAGAUGACUGAAUUCAGUAGACUGUGAUGAAAUAAUGUCUCUUGUUAAAACAAGAAGGGUUGGCAAGCCAUAUGCAAGAAAUAAUAGUAAGUAAAAAUGCAAAUAAAGUCCUAAAUUAUCACUGGAUCACAA